AUGGCACCUUCACCCCCUGCAAUGGCACCCACAUUCCCCACACCUAUCGCCCCGCAACUACAGAGCCCUGGACAGGAAAAAGAGUUACGAGACACCUCGCAGGACGAUCCGAAGGAUGUACUCACUGACAAGAGUCUCGCCUAUGAGCUACGUGCUUUCCGGCUAGAGAUGAUUCGAACCAGGGAGGAGAUGAAGGGUUUGCGCCAGGACCUAGUAGACCUUAGGUCGACUGUGAGGGCAUGUGAAGAUCGCCUGGAUAAGAUGGAGGAGACGGUGAGGGAUAUAAAGGUGGCACAAGGGACAUCCACUGGUAUAAAUCCUGAAGUUGUGCAGACAAUUAGGGCUUUAGAAGAAAAUGUCGAAAGGCUGCAACGAGACAUUAAUGAGCGCGACCAGGACCUGCUGUCGUACGAGGUCGAACUCAGCUGUGUGCCGGAAGAAGGUGGGGAAAACCCUAUCCAUAUUGUGCUGGCUUGCGCGGCUAAGCUGGGUGUGCAGAUAGACCAACGUGACCUGGUAAGCUGCACACGCGUGGGUGCGCUGCGCCGUGAGGAGGGUGCGCGGCCGCGACAACUGGCCGUAAGGCUGGCGCGUCGGGACACGCGGGAUGCCCUGCUGCGAGCUGCGCGCGUUCGACGGCACCUCACCACCGAGGGUCUGGGGUUGAAAUGCCAGCCUCGGCCCAUUUACGUCAAUGAGCGUCUCACCCGAGUCAAUAGACAAUUAUUUUACACCGCGAAACAAACUGCUAGAAGGCUGCAGUGGAAGUUUGUAUGGACCAAAGAUGGUAGGAUUUACGUGAGGCGGGAAGCCGGAACCGCUGGUCACCGCAUCCGCAGUGAAGCGGAUUUGGAUAAGAUUUUUGGUCCCGACAACGUUCGUUCCCCGACAACAAGAGCCUACCAGUAG